UAUUUAUGCAGCAGGUCUUUCACUUUGUCAUCUUUCAAAUCUAAACCAUUGCUUCCACAUUAUAGGCACUAUGAGCAUCUUUUCGAGAAAGACCCCGACAACUGAAAUCACACAAAACAUAGAGUUAGCGACACAACCAACAGUACAAUCGGAAGACUGGGGGCUCAUUUUUUCGAUAUGUCAGCAAGUUACCAACAGUGAAACGGGGGCAAAGGAGGCUAGAAAGGCCCUUCAGAAAAAGCUGAAUAGUAAUGUGGCUGCCACCCAGGUUCAUGUCUUUACAAUUCUGAAGGCCUUGACAGAGAACAGCGAAUUAAGGUUUCGAGCUCAAAUUACUGCCAAAUCAUUCUUAAAAGAUUUGGAGAAGCUUUUAACAAGCAAAUCAACUGAUCCACAGGUUUAUGAACGAGGAACCGCCUGUUUACAAAUGUGGGCAUCUUACUAUUAUAACAUUCAAGAGAUGAGUGAAGUCGUUCUAUUGUUUAGACGUGUUGUGCCUGGUGUACCGUACACCCGUAGCCCACGUUCAAGAAGUCCUCAGAACGCAAACCCGCAAGCAGUCUCACCAAAUGGACAAUACCAAAAUCAUCAACAACAACAACAAGCAACUAUUCAAGAACAAUUACGACAAGCUGCAGUACAUGCAUCACUCAAUGCUUUUCAACAUUCGGUUGCCACUGACAUUGAGGUCUCUCACAACAAUGUGAUGUUGCUAUCCGAGAUGCUUGCCUUCACUGACCCUAGUCAAGAGGAUAUUUCCAAAAAUGUUUUGAUACAGGAAUUCUACGAUAAGUGUAAAAAAUCCCAGAUCACAAUUUCACAACACAUGCAGCAUAGUGGUGACCCCGCAACUCUCGCAACUUUGCUGGAAAGUCACAAUGAGAUCAAGAGCGUAUUUAACACAUACAAAGAAAUGGUCGAACAUGGGAACUACCAUAGAGCUACAGCGGCUUCACAGAAAGUGGCACAUCGAGGCACUGGUGAUGCCGCUCUUAUUGACUUUGAAACCAAUGGCGACAUGUCAGCCAGAGCAACGGGUAGCGAAAGCUACAUAGAAGGAUCUAGUUCAAACAGCUCAGCUCAACCAUCACAAGAAGCUGCAAAGAAUUUGGAAGACAUGGAUCCUUUCUCAGAUCCUGACGAACUACAUAUACCCAUUUUACAGACCAAAAGCGUCAAAUCUCAAGGGAAGCAAAAGUUGUCUGAUUUCCCUACCACAACAGUGCAAAGCGUACAAGAAUAGUCGUAAACUCAUUCCUAAACAUGGCACUACAUGCUAAUCCGGGUUUUCUUUGGCGUCUUCUUUUUUUUUUUUUUUGACCUUGAAUGUGAUUCCUUGAACCAAUAAGCAAUUAUAGCUUUUAAUAAUAUUGACAUUUUUAAAGACACCGAUGUUUAAACAAUCGGCCGCAGCUAAUUGUUCGCUCAUAUCCCGAAGCUGUGCUCCAUUGUACAACGUUCACCCACGUGUUAAUGUGUUCUGAAAAAAAAUUGAAAACGAUCCAAAAAUACAAAUUCGUUCAUCAGCC